AUGAAGAUCAUAUCAGACAACCGGUCCUCCGCCACCGUCACCACGACCACCACGGCAAAACCGAUAUUCAUCCCCACCGAAAUCAUCCUCCAAAUCGUAUCGAGACUUGAUAGCAGUCUGGGCGGACAUGAGCGACAGCGGACCUUCUACAAUGUCUGCUUAGUAUCGCAUCAAUGGUACUCAGCGGCUUUAUCGUUCUUGUACUCGCGCCCGAGGCUGGAAAAGGGAAAUGCGUAUCGCAAAUUCACGGACGUGCUAUGCCCGCCCGCGGGGUUGGCGAAGACGACUAUGAUGAGUAGGGAUCUAGGAGGGUUGGUGCGCAGGCUGGAUUUGAGUCGAUUGGUGCAUCACAGUUCAAAUAGUAUGACCGCUCGGUUGAUAGGGAGGGUGAAGGAGAAUUUGGAGGUGUUUAUUGCGCCGGCCGCGGGGUUCUCGGUCAACUGUCUCUCGCCGCUCUCCAAAUGUGCAAACCUUCGCUACCUCGACCUCUCCCUAAUCCACGAACCCCUAUCCUUCAAAAGCAUAAUCAAAUCAAUCCGCUCCAUGAAACGCCUCGUCACCUUCCGCUGCCCUUCAUUCAUGCGCAUCGACCACGAACCACCAUCAUCAUCAACAACAAACAAAUGGCCACCGAACCUCGAAACACUCCAACUAAGCGGCACAAUCGAAACCCGCAUGAUGGACACCUUCGACUGGCCCGAAAACAUGACCCAACUCUAUCUGAGAAACUGCAUGAAUCUAUCCCUUGAAAUCAUGACUGGCAUCCUCAGCAACCCACAACUAGACACCAAACUCAAACAACUCACAAUAUCAACCUAUAAUCGCGCCCUACAACCGGAAUGUAUGCAUCUCAUACCCGCCUUUUUACCCAACCUGCUAUUUCUAAGCAUCCCCGGCGACUUGGUGCAGGAUACGUUCUUCUCAAUGAUUGAAUACCAACGCACGGAACUCGCGCUCGAAGUCUUCGAGUUGGGGCAUACGCAUACAGGCGAAAAACUGCAUUUCCAUAUGCAUUUACUUAUCGACCUCCUAGAUUCAAGUCUGCCGCAUCUCAGAGCUGUGGGGUUUCAUACCAUGUACGGCGAGUAUCCGGAUUUGGAUGAUGCGUUGCUAGAAAGGGCUGAGGAGUUGGGGGAUGCAUUGCGAGUUUCGGAUGAGACGGUUGAGUUUGAUGUUGGGACAUAUUACUUUGAUUGA